GGCUAAUUUUACGCAUAAGAGAAAAACGACUGCGUUUAAGAAGCGGGAGUAAAGCCUGAAAUCUCAACUCAAGCCAUCGUCUUCGUCCUCUAGCCCCCCUGAGCAAACCCCAAGCCAUGCUCACAAGAUGACCAGACGUUGGCCCCUGAGGGCAUUCUCACGUAUGCUAGCACGUGCAUACACCUCCUAUUCCUCUUCUUCGACGUUCCCUCUGAAGCAUGUGACCAAAUCAAACUUCGAGUACGCACUCUCCGAGCUGAAAAGCCAUGUCGGUGCUGCUGAUUUCGUCGCCAUCGAUCUUGAGAUGACCGGCGUCACCAGCGCUCCAUGGCGCGAGUCCUUCGAAUUCGACCGAUUCGAUGUUCGGUACCUCAAGGCCAAAGAUUCCGCCGAGAAGUUCGCCAUCGUUCAGUUCGGCGUCUGUCCUUUCCGCUGGGAUGACCACCGCCACUCCUUCAUUGCUCAUCCGCACAAUUUCUUCAUAUUUCCUCGCCAAGAGCUAGCAGCAGGUGGCCCCUCCAAUGAGUUUCUGUGCCAGACGACGUCCAUGGAUUUCUUAGCUAGAUAUCAGUUCGAUUUCAAUACCUGCAUACACGAAGGAGUUUCUUAUUUAUCUAGAGGGCAGGAAGAGGAAGCAUUAAGACGCUUGAACUUGCGAUACGAGAAUAAUGGGUUAGAUAAUUUGAAUGAAGUCAGAGACGUGCCAGUGGCCAGUGUGACUGACGUUCUUUUCUGUGAAAGAAUGAAGAACAGACUGCAUGAGUGGCGCGAUUGGUUAUUGAGGAAUGGGAAUGGGGGGUCUCAGUUUCAGUGGGCUUCAAAUCACUCCACACAACAGGUCCAAACCAUAUUCUACAAGUUGCGGCCGGCUCUUUGUCUGAAUGGUUUCACUUCUCAUCAGCUCAAGUUGAUUCAGUUGGUCACUAGAAAGCAUUUUAAAGAUCUUUCUUAUGUUCGUUUCGGUGGUGAAACUUCUUGUUCGCAGCAGCUAGUCGUAUACACGGACUCCAAGAAUGACAGGGACUUGCUUAUGAAAGAAGUGAAGGAUAAUUACCUUAAAGAGGCAGAGAUGAAAAUCAGAGCUGCAAUUGGGUUUCGCCAUGUUAUUGACCUUCUUUCUUCUGCACAAAAGUUGAUUGUGGGUCACAAUUGCUUUUUGGAUAUUGCACAUAUAUACAGCAAAUUCUUAGGUCCUCUUCCUCUAACUGCUGAAGAAUUUGUUUCCUCUAUUAACACAUACUUUCCGCACAUUGUUGAUACCAAAGUACUAUUGAAUUCCAAUAACGUGCGCCUUCCAAGGAUGAAGAAAUCAAACACAUCACUCUCUUCGGCGUUUUCUUUACUCUGUCCGCAAAUUGCUGUGAAUUCCAAUAAGAAUUCUGAUUUGGCAUUUCGUCCGUGUGUGAAUGUGGAGGUUCAAGUGGAUGAUACAAGGUCCUCCAACUGGAGUUCUGGAGUGAAACAUGAAGCUGGAUAUGAUGCUUUUAUGACAGGUUGUGUCUUUGCCCAGGCAUGCAAAAAUAUUGGCAUUGAUUUUAAGUCCCAUUCAUCCUCUGAGAAUCUGACCCAUAAUGACAAACUCCAGAAGCACAUCAACCUUCUAUAUCUCAGUUGGAUUUCUGGGGACAUUAUUGAUCUAAGUAGUGGGAAUAUGAUUGCAGAGCCUUCAGGAUCUAAUAACUUCAGAAUAAGACGUCCUAAGGUUUUGUUUGAGAAUAUUGUUUUAAUCUGGCGAUUUCCACCUAGGCUCAACGCAAGCAAGUUGAGAGAAUGCAUUUCUAAAGUCUUUGGUCCAAACUCUGUUACAUCCGUCUAUCUUGUGGAUGAAACUGCUAUUUUUCUUCAGUUCAGCAAGGCAGAGUUGGUAUCUGAAUUUCUAGUUUUGAAAGAAUCCUUGGAGAGGAGUAAUGAUGCCAUUUCUGUUUUGCAUCCUCUAUCAGAACUGCUGCAAGGUGGAAAUACUUGUGCCGCUGGUUAUGAAACUUAUAAGGAGAUAUGCAGUUCACCUAUCUCCAAAGUUCUCUUUGCAGAGCAGGCAGAUGCAAUUGGUAUCAGAUGGAAGACCAAGUUGGUAGGAUCCGAACCAGAGGCACAAUCCCAGGAGCCAGAAAGUUUUUCUAAAGAAAAUGCUGCGACUACCGCACCAUUUCUUAGCAAGAAAAUCGAGGUAGGCAAUAAGCAACGUGUAAUAGAUGAUUUGCUGAGUGGCCGAUCCAGAUGUGAUGAGGUUAUCGAUUCCUUUUUAACUGCGGAAGUCAAACAGAUUGGAGCUACUAAUUAGCGACUGCGGACUUGUGCAUAUAUCUUAAGCCAUUCUAGGAUGAAGCUGUUCGCAUGUGCUUUGAAGCACAAAGUAUGAUGGGCAGGAAACUGUUACUUUUUUAAGAUUUUUUGUAUACCAGAUGUUAGAUUCUAGCGGAAGCAACAACAGAAAUUAAUUUGUAGUUGUAAAUUAUGUAGAUUAGUCUACAGCCACAUGACAUUUUUGCAUAUGAACAAUUAAGCCCCUUUUUGUUUCCAAAGUUGGGUAAAAAUCUAAACUAAUCAGCAGAAUUUCCGAA